GAGUAAUAAAAACGGUGCUAGUCAGAACAUUCCAACCGCUACGAAGCAACAAGUCAACGGCCGAACUGAGACAGACACUCAUUGGAUACGUUCCCAUGGCUUCAGCUAAUGCUCCGCCUUCUCCACCGGCUGCGGCGGCGCCGGGAGAUCUCGUCCAUGUGUUCUGGCACGAAGGGAUGCUGCGCCACGACGCAGGCAGAGGCGUGUUUGACUCCGGGAUUGACCCGGGGUUCCUAGACGUGCUGGAGAAUCACCCCGAGAAUGGCGACAGGGUGAGGAACAUGGUCUCCAUUCUCAAACGAGGCCCAAUUUCAGCCUUCGUUGCUUGGCACCAUGGCAGAUCUGCUCUCGUCUCCGAAUUGAUCUCCUUCCACACCCAGGGUUCUCUUCCUUCUCUUUUACAGCUGAAAAAUUAGGGUUGUGAUUUUAAGUACUCUAUUCCAUAUUCGGAAAUCACUAUGUUUCACUUAGGGCACAAGUGUUAAGUUCAUUUUUUUUGUAUAAUUAAUGCCUCCCUCCGAUCUUUAGGAUUUAGUUGGACAUCAUUCCAUUUGUUUAGUUACUCCACUAGGAUUAGAGAUUAGAGUAGUUAGGUAGACCUGUGUGCAUGUAGUUUUUGUUGGUUUGGUUUCAUAGCAUAUAGUGUGUGCUUGUGUGAUAUGAACCUAGUUGUUCGGGUGAUCACGUGUCUUUUCUCUCUUUACUCUACUUUUGUUAGUGCUAUUGUGGUUUGUUUUGCUCGUACGUUUGAACUUGAGUCGGGGU